CUGGCUCACCUCUAAAUCAGGCAGGCAACCGAACAGUUCUCAAAAACGGGUUUAACCCCGUUGUUGCCAACAACAAAGCUUGUUUCCACGGCAUCAUCUGGGCCUAUAUAUACCAAUAUCAUCGUCACAGAGACAUAAACAUAAGAUUUGUCCUUCACACUCCUGACGGCAGCCAGAAAAAAGAACCAAAAUGCGUGAGUGCAUCUCAGUCCAUGUUGGCCAGGCAGGUGUGCAGAUGGGCAAUGCAUGCUGGGAGUUGUACUGCCUGGAGCAUGGGAUCCAGCCAGAUGGUCAGAUGCCCAGUGACAAAACCAUAGGUGGAGGAGACGACUCUUUCAACACUUUCUUCAGUGAGACUGGAGCUGGCAAGCACGUUCCCCGAGCUGUCUUUGUAGACCUGGAGCCCACUGUCAUUGAUGAAGUCCGCACAGGAACCUACCGCCAGCUCUUCCACCCAGAACAGCUAAUCACAGGGAAGGAAGAUGCUGCCAACAAUUAUGCCCGUGGUCACUACACUAUUGGCAAAGAGAUCAUUGACCUCGUGCUGGACAGGACCCGCAAACUAGCUGACCAGUGCACUGGGCUUCAGGGCUUCCUGAUCUUCCACAGUUUUGGUGGAGGCACUGGCUCUGGCUUCACCUCCCUGCUGAUGGAGCGUCUGUCAGUUGAUUACGGCAAGAAAUCAAAAUUGGAGUUUGCCAUUUAUCCUGCUCCUCAGGUUUCCACAGCUGUAGUGGAGCCUUACAACUCCAUCCUGACCACCCACACAACCCUGGAGCACUCCGACUGUGCUUUCAUGGUGGACAAUGAAGCCAUCUACGACAUCUGUCGUAGGAACCUCGAUAUUGAGCGUCCCACUUACACCAACCUCAACAGGCUCAUUGGUCAGAUCGUUUCCUCCAUCACAGCCUCUCUACGCUUCGAUGGAGCCCUGAAUGUAGAUCUGACCGAGUUCCAGACCAACCUGGUGCCUUACCCUCGCAUUCACUUCCCUCUGGCUACCUAUGCCCCUGUGAUAUCUGCAGAAAAGGCAUACCAUGAGCAACUCUCUGUUGCCGAGAUCACCAAUGCCUGCUUUGAACCAGCCAAUCAGAUGGUAAAGUGUGAUCCCCGCCAUGGAAAGUACAUGGCCUGCUGUCUCCUCUACCGUGGUGACGUUGUGCCUAAAGAUGUAAAUUCUGCCAUUGCUACCAUCAAGACCAAACGUACCAUCCAGUUUGUGGACUGGUGUCCCACUGGCUUCAAGGUGGGAAUCAACUAUCAGCCCCCCACUGUUGUUCCUGGAGGAGACCUGGCCAAGGUGCAAAGGGCAGUUUGCAUGCUGAGCAACACCACAGCCAUUGCUGAAGCGUGGGCCCGUCUAGACCACAAGUUUGACCUGAUGUAUGCCAAGAGAGCCUUUGUCCAUUGGUAUGUUGGAGAGGGCAUGGAGGAGGGUGAGUUCUCAGAAGCCAGAGAAGACAUGGCUGCCCUGGAGAAGGAUUACGAAGAAGUGGGCACAGACAGCAUUGGAGAUGAAGGGGAGGAGGAGGGAGAAGAAUAUUAACAUCUGUGAAGUCUUAGUUUUUCUCCUAUAAACAAAGGCAACAAAGUAUUUCAUGUGUUAAAACCAUUCCAGUUACACAAUUGUAGUAUUUUCAUUUCAAGUAAAUUUAUAUUUUUAACAGUAUCUUUUUGAUUCUAAGGUAUUUUAAACAAAACAAACAACCCAUGGCAUUUUCAAAUAUAUGUUAAAAGAAAGACUGAUACUGAAACUGCAACAGCUGCACAUGACAUACCUAGUUAUCCUCACAACAUGUGUCUGUUGUGAUGUAAAACAUUGCAAAAACACACCAGAUUUGAUUUUGAAGUUAUUUUAUUAAAUUCCCUUGUUUUUUGUAUAAGAUCAAUGUAGCACAUUUACUCUGUAUCCGUCUUUUAGGUAUAUAGUUCAGCAGUGAGGAAUGUAACAAACACUCCUGGAAUCGGUGAUGAGCUGUGAUAACUGGUGCCUUUCUUUUGUUUCACAAAUGUGCUUUGAAAUAAAGAACUUAAAAGA